AGGAAUAAUCGAAAAAAAGAGAUGGUUUUAGAGGAAUUAAGGUGAAAGCUACUACAUAUAUUUGAAGAAGAGAUGAUUGUUGGGAUUGAGGAACUCAAAGGAUGGCAAGACUUUCUAAUGCUUUAAAAAUAGGUCGAUCCGCUUGUCUUCUCUCUGCUGCUCUCCGCUUUUCUCACUCCUUGUUACCUAAUUACUCCAAAAUGACUAUGCUUCUUCCUCAUCGAAAUUUCGCGAUCAUGGCCUCCGGCGCCGAUGAGUUUGUCAGGGGACAUGUCCACCCGAACGGUGUCGCCGUUAUCACUCUCGAUCGUCCUAAAGCUCUCAAUGCAAUGAACUUAGAUAUGGAUAUCAAAUACAAGAGUUUACUGGAUGAAUGGGAAACAGACCCAACGGUAAAAUGUGUUUUGGCUGCCAGUAGCUCCCCCCGUGCCUUUUCAGCAGGUGGUGAUAUCAAGCAGAUUGCAGCAAAAAAACAGCAGUCAGAUAUGAUAGAGGUAUUCACAGCUGAGUAUCCUAUAAUAUGUAAAAUCUCCGGGUACAAAAAGCCUUACAUCAGCUUCAUGGAUGGCAUUACAAUGGGCUUUGGAAUUGGUUUAUCUGGUCAUGGUCGUUACAAGGUUAUUACAGAGAGGACUGUUCUAGCGAUGCCAGAAAAUGGAAUUGGAUUGUUUCCAGAUGUCGGUUUUUCCUAUAUAGCGGCACAUGGUCCUGGAGAAGGCACAGUUGGUGCUUAUCUUGGAUUGACUGGAAGUAGGAUAUCAACACCUGCUGAUGCUCUCUAUGUUGGUCUGGGAACUCAUUAUGUCCCUUCUGCAAAUUUGGGCACAUUGAAGGAAGCUUUGCUUGCCACUAAAUUCUCCGAGGAUCCAGAUGAGGAGAUAAAACAACUGUUGACGAAAUAUAGCAGCAACCCUAAUUCAGAACCCCGUUUGAAGUCACUUUUACCCAGAAUAAUUUCUACUUUUGCUGGUAACAAGUCCAUUAGAGAGAUACUAGAGGAGCUAGAAAAUCAUCAGCAAAGCACUGAUACAUUGGUGGCAGAAUGGGCAAAGGAUGCUCUGCAAGGGCUUAGCAAGGGGGCCCCUUUUUCUCUCUGUCUCACCCAAAAGCUCUUCUCUAAGGUAGCAUCUGCACGUGGCAAAACUGAGAACGACUUAUCCAGGCUCACUGGUGUCAUGAGAACUGAAUAUCGCAUUGCUUUAAGGUCCACUCUACGGAGCGACUUUGCUGAAGGUGUCCGAGCAGUCUUAGUGGACAAGGAUCAGAAGCCAAAGUGGAAACCAAGUUGCUUGGAGGAAGUUGAGGAUAGGAAGGUGGAAGCUCUUUUCGAACCUCUGAGCCCAGAUAUUGGAGAAUUGAAUGUGUGAGCAUAUCCUGAAUCUUUCCAGCGGUAAGGAUCAAACAAAUGAUUCUCUUUUCAUUACAACACAACUAACUAAUUAAUGAAGUAGAGUUGGUUAAAAGGAUUUAUGUGAAUACCUUCAACCACUCCAUCCUAUUACUUACUGUUCUCUCAAUUUUAUAC